AUGCUCCAAUUUGCAACGUGGAAGGACACGGUAGUUAGAAGAAUCAUCACGUCCGCCCGCCACUACGCCUCGAGCCCGUUUCCCCGACAGCAAACCGAGGGACUGAUCCAUGUCGAGAAGCAGUUUGAAGCCCACCCACCCGCUGAACGGAACAAGGAGAAUUUUCUGGCCGCUAUUUUAAUCUUCAAAGAACGAAAAGGGCGCAGCUAUGUCGAUUUCAUCAACUCUUCCCUGAAGUACAUGAAGGAGUAUGGCGUCCACAAGGAUAUAGAAGUGUACAAGGCCCUGUUGGACAUAUUCCCGAAGGGCAAAUUGAUUCCGACGAAUCAGUGGCAGAAAGUUUUUAUGCACUACCCGCUGCAGCAGAACUGCUGUGUGAAAGUCUUGGACGAGAUGGAAUGGCACGGUGUCCAUCCUGACAAGGAGGUGCACGACAUCGUGGUGAACGCAUUCGGCGAAUGGAAUUUUGCGUCGCGGAAGAUUAAGCGGAUGCUCUACUGGAUGCCAAAGCUGCGCUACUCAAACAAGUACAUCGACCGGCGACAAAUCGAAAAUAAAAAAUUGUCACCCGAGCAACUCGCCGGAUUGGCACUGAAAAUGAUGUCCAGAGACCCGGGGAGCACGUAUCAUUUUUGUAAACUGCCCAAGCGCAACCCCGUGGUCGAAGAUGAAUGGAUCGCAUGGUCACAAAGUAUACUGCAGCAAAAUCUCCUGAGCAGAUUACCGGAGAACACAGAUAUUUUUAUCGACACGUCAGAAUUAGUUUACGUGAUGGAGCACCCUGUGAAAUAUGUCGUGUUGAAGUGCAGAACGCAGGGCGGCUCCCUCGCCGACUUCAAGGAGGAACGAGAUCCACUAAACUUUGCGAGCUGGUACAAGGAGUGGAGUGAGUCCAGGGAAUAUCAAAAUUCCAUCCACGAACAACCGCACGAAACGAUAUUGGCGAUCGCUUGCCUCAGCACUUCCAAUAAUGCGACGGCAGCAAAGUGGAUAGACUUAUUAAAGAUCGAGAAGAUGAACGUGCGCUUGAGAUUGGAUAAA